AUGCAGAUCAAGUUGAUCAUUUCUUUCCUCUUGGUCGGCGCCAUGGCCGCGCCCAUGCCCCCUCCGGCCGGCACCGAUGUUCAUGCCCAUCUCCAAGCCCGUGCUCCGGGUUUACCAUCCGGAGAUACGGACUCUCAGAAGUCAGAUGGCCACAGUCGCGCUCGAACCUGGUUCCACCGCCAUAGUGACCACAACUCUGGCUCUACUUCUGACGACGAAGAACCUCAACCACAGCGGCGGACAUCCCCCAAGUUGCCGCAGCCCCACAGCGCAGGACAGCGGACGCACACCACUAUUGUGCAGGCCAGCGCGGGUGGUGGACGAUUUUGA